AUGGACAAGCCCUUUUCACCCCCGAUCUUUCGUCCUCGCCGAUCGGACGAUUGGCAUGAAUAUCGCGAAACUAUUGAACAGCUCUACCGCAAUGAUCAGCUGAAACUACGUGAUGUGAAACGCAUCAUGGAGCGGGAUUACAAGUUCUAUGCCUCAGAAAAACAAUACAAAGAUCGUCUGGCGGCAUGGCAUGUCCGAAAGAAUAUCAAGGCCAAAGAGGUUCACAUCAUGCUUCGCAAGCAACAGAAACGUGCCGCCCAGGGGAAGCAGACGGCGUUCCGAGUGAAUGGUCAGAACGUCGACCCCAAACGGAUCGCUCGUUUUGUACGUCGCUAUGGGACAUCGUGGGAUACGAAUCGAAAGGAAGCCGAAACAGAGCCUCAAAGCCCUGAACCUCAAACCCCCUCGGACAUGACCUGCUACACGCCCGAACCAGCAGAAGAAUCAAGCGCCACGACACCCAUCUCACCACUCCCAGAAAUGCACUCCCCAAGAGAUAUGCCCCCGUUCCCACUCGGCUCAUACGGUAAUUCCAGCUCGGACUCCAGGGUGAGCGUCACACCGAAUGAUAUUGAUGCUCGGUAUCUAUCUCUAGACCCCAAUCACCUCGAAUCCCUCCCGGACCUGAUCAUAGACGACGAUCCAGCCAUGCCACUGACUAUGCCCCGGCACGGCCACAGCCAUGCCCCGUCUCACACGCCGUCUCACGGCCAUGGAGCCAGCCACGGCCACGGCCACAGCCAAAGCCACCCCCAGAGCCACUCCCAGAGCCACACGCCAGCCCAUGGCUUCUACCACCACAAUGUGGCAGGCAUCGCCAGUAACCCCCUCGGCGUGGGCAACCACAUCUCGCAUGGCAGCCAUGGCUCCCACAUUAGCCAUGGCAGCCAUGGAUCGCAUGGCUCGCAUGCGUCCCAUGCAUCGCAUGCUUCAGGCCAUGGCCAUCUUCCUCUCUCAUUGCCGCAUCCGCAUUCGUCGAAUAAUCAUUCCCAUUCACUUUUGCAUCAGCCUUCGCAUCAUCAGCAUCAGCAGCAUCCGCAUCAGCAGCAGCAGCAUCAGCAUCAUCCUGUACCGGCGCCUUUGAAUCUUUCUCUGCCGGCUGUUUCGUCCCCUCCGCCUGUGAAUGGCUCCGCCUCGGCUUCGGCUUCGGCGCCGAGAGAUUUGGAGGAUGCUCCCAGUGAAGUGGAUGUUCAUCCACCCGAUUGGAAUACUAUUGAGUCAUUCCAGAAUAGGCUGGAGGGUCUGGAUUACACGCUUACACAGACUAUGUCGAAGUGGGCGAGGGAGGGGGAUCCUAAUCAGGAGAUGCCUCAUCAUGAGGGCUUGGGGAUGUGA